UCGCGCGCGGCGCGCCUUUCUUUCCCACCACAAAAAGCCAGAGCGUGAGGCUGAGAGAGGGCGAGAGAGAGAUGCAGGCGACCGGGGCGGCGGGAGGCGGGGCGGCGACUGGAUGCUUCAAGUGCGGGAGGCCCGGCCACUGGUCGCGAGACUGCCCUUCUUCUUCUUCUGCGACGAAUCCCAACACUAACCCUAAUCCCAACCCUAGGACACCCUUCUCCUCAUCCAAAUUCCCUCGGCAGCCAGCCUCAGGGAAGGCCUCCACCGAUGCUUCAUCCGCCACCAAGAAGCUCCCGAGGACGAGGCCCAAGGUCACGCCGGAUCUUCUCCUCUCUGAAGACGGCCUCGGCUACGUCCUCCUCCAUUUCCCCCGUUCCUUUAAGUACCAUGGUCGCGGUCAUGAGGUCAGUGAUCUGGGUAAUUUGAUUAAUCUGUACGCACAAUGGCAUGCUCGUUUGAUCCCAUACUACUCCUUUGAUCAAUUUGUGCACAAAGUUGAGAAAGUUGGUUCCACCACCCGAGUCAGGAGAUGCAUUGCAGAACUGAGGGAUAGAGUAGCCAAAGGAGGAGACCCCACAAAGCUGCAUGAACCACCAGCUGAACAAGUUCCUCCGGAGUGUGAAGUAGAAGGUGCUGCCAUGGGGGACCAAAGUACUGAUACUAUAGAUCCACCAUUGGAGAGUCAUGAUGGUGAUGAUAUACAAGAAGAUAUGUUUAAUGAGAUUUACCAAAAGGCUACUGAGGAACCAAACCACUCCGUGCAGCAGGAACCUUCUCAAGGUUCGCAAGGCAUAGCUGCUUCGGAAGUAAACCUGGAGCCUAGAUCUUUGGAAGAGCCAUCAAAUCAAGCAGCAGUAAAUACUGCGACAGUGCCUAGCACAAUUCAGAUUACUGAAGAGCAAAGGGCCCGCAUGGAAGCCAACCGCUUAAAGGCAUUAGAAAGAGCUGCAGCUCGUUCUCGUCUCUCACAGGCUCCUUGAAUGUUCUCUUCCUUUUUGUGCGUCACAAUAUUUUGUUCGAAUGCCAAUUUGCUUUGUUCAGACAGCUAAGCCUCCCAAUUGUUUAUGUUAAAACUUCUCAACUUUUUUUGCUUGUCAUGUUCACAUGGAAUUAAGCAAACAUUAACAGACUGCCUAAUCUGAAGUAGUGAAGUUCUGUUUCUUUUGGA